AUGUCCCAAUCCCGACCAUCCCAACCUAGUCAGUCAGCAAUCACAUCCCGCUCCGCAGCAGGAGCUCGCCCAGAUAGGAAACCCAUCUUACCUUCUCCGAUAGCUCGGUCAGCUAGAGCGGCAGCAGCAAUUGGAGCCGCGGCUUUACAUUCGCCUCAGGUGAAUAAGAGUAUACCAACGGUGGAGUUGGGGGGUAACAAGAGCUUGUAUGGGUCUUUCAGAUCUCUAGCACCAAACGCGAGGAUUAUCUUCGGCCUGGUAGUCGGUGCAGUAGGACUAGCGGGAUUGAUGAUUGAUAGGAAUGUAUUGCAGGAUGAGAAAGUUGAUGAGAAACCAGCUAUAAGCGUUAGGAUGGUAGAUAGGAAAUAA